AUGGAGAUUGCGAGUUCGGCAUUAUUCGGCCGAUUAAUACGAAUCUCGAGCCUCGCGUUUGGGAAGGGGCAAGAGCCACAGCAGCAGCACCCUCGUGAGAUUCACACGUCCCUGUCACGCCUCAAGUCCUUGGCUCACAAGAUUUAUAGCUUCUUCCCACCAGUUGAUAUCCCAGGAAUCGGCUCCUUCCAGGACGGCGGCCUUCAGGACAACCUGGCCGCCGAUAUCGCACAUCGUUUAAGUCAACAAAUAUGGCCGGGUCGAAAAAACCCAGCCAAGCUCAUCUCGCUGGGAACUGGAAUUUCUCCAAAAGCGACAGAUCCAUCUCCGCACUUUCAGCAUGUCUUUCGCGACAGCUUCAUCCGCCGGGGUUUUGAUGCAUGGAUGUCAUCAAUGGAUACGGAAUAUCACUGGUCGAAGAUGUGGGGCCAAGUCGAGGAUGACCUUAAGGCGGACUAUUUGCGACUAAAUGUUCCGCUUUCGAGCUCGGCUGGCGCAAUCGACAGUGUUGAGGCAAUGGAGGAGUACCGGAAUGUAGUUUUGCUACAUCCGGGGGCUGCCCGGAUGGCGCGGGAAGCAGCAACGGCUCUGCUUGCAGCGCAAUUUUUCUUCGUCCUCGGCAGCCUUCCAGAGACAAAUGCCAACCCUUUUUGGUGUUCUGGAACAAUCCACUGCAGAGGACGUGCCCAUGAUGUGGUCGCACAGCUUCAGAAUCUCUACCCAGAUGGUUUGCUCUUUACUACUGACAGGGAGAAAAUUGGGACACUUGAGGGUACAAGGCAAAUCUGUGCCUCCUGUGGGCGGUAUUGCCACCAGGUAUCAUUCAUCACGGCCCACUCAGGGAUACAAGUGAACAUCUACCUGAAGACGCAAGCAAGGAAGCGCUGGAGAAUAAGCGGGUUCCCAGACACAGUAGCGUCGUUCGCGGCCAAGCAGCACCUGGUAUCCCCGUUUGGUCGGCCUGAUUAUAACGGCCCACCCACAGCCUUUUGCGAACAUUGCGAUAUUACCGCUGAUAAGCUACGAGGUGAACGACGCCGGCGUAGCUCGCCUGAUCCGCAGGAUAAUCACGCAAAGAGGGCUCGCAUUGAGGAAGAGGGUAAUAACAAUACAGCUAUCGCAGGCGGGCGCUCUGAGAAAUAG